CAAAUUAAUGAUUGUAAUUUCAAUAAAAAGAAACGCAAUUUUGGAGUCUUGAAUUAAUUUAUUUUGUUUAAAUAACAAGCUAUUACUUUCUUUAUAAACUCACUACACGUGGUUUUGACAUUGACGUUUCGCCAGGGAGAUUGGAGAGCAAAGUUGGAGUGGAGAGACACAUGUCGAAUUUAUAUAUGAAAUAGUGUUUAUUUAAUGCAUUAUGGCAAGCAAAGUGCACCGAGUUAGAUUUUACAACCCAAAACCUCAACCCAUUACGUGUGUUUCGUAUAAUAAAGCUCAUAAACUAAUCGCACUUGCAAGAGCAGACGCUUCCAUUGAAGUAUGGGAUUUAAAUAAAGCUCCUUAUCUGGUGAGGUUCAUUCCUGGCGUUGAAAAUGGGUCUGUGGAGGCCCUUGGUUGGGUUGGCGAACGGCUGCUGUCAACCGGGCUGACUGGUGCUUUGGUCGAGUGGGAUAUAGUGAAACUUACGAGGAAGCACAGUGUAUUACUAACAGGAUACGCUGCAUGGUGUCUUGAUGUAAAUGUAGAAAGCACAUUAGUGGCUGUGGGCACAGAACAAGGAUACAUUAAUCUUUACUCAGUCGAGAAUGGUGAUAUAGUGUACAGCAAGCUCUUUGAUAAGCAGGAGGGUAGGAUAAUGUGUUGUAAGUUUGAUAAAUCCGGAAACACUCUUGUGACAGGUUCAAUAGAUACAAUCAGAGUUUGGAAUGUACUGACAGGUCAUGCUAUGACUCGGAUCUCAGUAACUCGACGACAGAAAGAGGUAGUUGUGUGGUGUGUGGCAAUGCUCUCAGAUAAUACUAUUGUAUCUGGAGACAGUCAGGGUAGACUCACAUUUUGGGACAGCACUGUUGGAGAACAGAUAGAGUCAUACACAACCCACAAAGCAGAUGUGUUAUCAAUAGCAGUGUCAGAGGAUGAGAAGAACAUCUAUUGCAGUGGGAUAGACCCCAUCAUCUCACACUUUAUUAAGAUUGAGAAGGCUCAAGGGCAUGAAGUCAAGACCCAGUGGGUGAAGCAUGUUCAGAGGCACAUACAUGAGCAUGAUGUCAGAGCUCUGCUAGUGACUGAUGGUAAGCUCUUGUCAGCUGGUGUUGAUGGUUACCUGACAUUUUCAAGCUACCCACCCAAAUGGGUAAUGAGAGUGCCACAUAUGAUUCCAACACCACGGUCAUCUGUAUGUACGAAAAAGAAGCUUUUGUUGUUGAGGUACAGUAAUCACUUGGAAGUCUGGAAGCUAGGAUCAUAUGCUACUAGUGAGAGUGGUGAUCUUAUGAUCAAUAAUAUAGACCCGAGAGAGUCUGAUGAUGAUAAACAAAACAAUGACCAGAUAGAACAAGAUACAGCAGUAAAUGAAAUUAACAAACUGGCCAACAGGGGAGAGAAAUUAAGUUUAAAACUAAUAGAAAACCCAGUGAAGCUGGUAUCAAUAAAGAGUAAACAUAAAAAACAAAUACAGUGUUGUGCCAUGUCGCCAUCAGGAGAGUUCAUAUUCUACUCCUCAGAUAGUGAUGUCAGGAUGCUUAAAUUGGACACUGACGAUUUAGACGAUGACCAGUCGAACAUAUCUGUGUCAAAGUUGUACCUGGCGGGUCUCACAGGCACAUGUGACCGGGUGGCGUUCACGGAUGACUCACGUACUAUGAUCGUGCACUCGGACGGAGCACUCCACGUACUAUUUAUUGACCCAGAGGCCGGCGCCACUGUCAUACAGACUGUUACAGGGAACAAAAUGUUAAAAACAACAUCUAUAAUACACUUGUUAGUCUCCAAGAAGACGCCUUCAGGCAGUACAUAUAUAAUAGUGGGCGAUGCUAAUGGAGUGAUUGAGGUAUUAGUGGACAAUAAGAAGGAGUUCGUCCCCCACAUCACGCUACCCAAGUACCAGUGCGUACCGACAGCCAUGACAGUCGACGACGAAAAGGAAACACUUAUCGUCGUAUACUCGGAUCAAACGAUCUUAGAAUACGACUUAGCCAAUAAGAAAGUGACGGGGUGGCCGGGUGGUGCGUUGCCUAGCGAGUGGCUGGCGCGCACGUCGGCUGUGACGUCAGUGUCGGUGCACCCGCGGCGACGUGCGCUCGUCUGCCAAGACGAAACUUCGCUUUGGAUACUGGACCGGAGCAAACAGAGUGAAGAAAUGGAGCCUAUAGUGAAAAGAAAGCCAGCUGCUCCGAAAACUAUCGGAUUUAACGUUAUUCCUAUAAAGUAUUUGGCUGGUUUCCACUGGUUGGACACGGAUGAAGCUGUGCUACUAGAAGUACUCCCGGAGAACAUCGUCUCUCAGCUGCCCGCGCCCGUUCAGGUCAAUCGGUGGUCUUAGACAGUAAUAAAACUAUUUAAUUGUA